AUAAGUACUGUGAUUGUAAAAGAAGAGCAUGGGGCCCAACACCCGGUCUACUACAUCAGCAAGACCCUGAGAGAUGCGGAGUUGAGGUAUUCCCGGCCGGAGAAAGCCAUGUUGGCGGUUUUCUGGACAGCAAAGAGGUUAACUCCGUACUUUCAGGCCCACCGGAUUGUUGUGCUUACUAAUGAGCCUUUGGCAUCACUCACCCGAAGCCCGGCGGCGUCGGCCCGAAUGACAAAAUGGGCAAUAUUCAUCAGUCAGUAUAACGUGGAGUUCAGGCCGCGUCCAUCCAUCAAGGGACAAGCACUCGCUGACUUCCAAGUUGAAUGCACUGCCAGAGAAGUGACCAGAAAUCAGACUGAAAUUCGAGCGGAGAAGGACUGGUGGAUAAUGAGCAUUGAUGGAUCUACUGGGUCCCGAUCUUGCGGAGCAGGGGAGUUUGAAGCUAAAGAGGAAAGGAUGAAGAAAUACCGAGACUUGGCCUUAGAGAUGCUGGGGAGGUUUGAAUUUAAACUUGAACAUAUUCCCCGGGCCCAAAAUGCUGAGGCUGAUGUCCUCUCCAAGCUCAGCGCGGAGUCGCCGGAAUACAUAAGCAGGAUAGCAACCGUCGAAGAGCUGGUUACCCCGAGUCUUAACAACAAUGAGGUGAUCUGGGUAUCGGCAGAUCCCCCGGAAUGGCUGGACCGAUUGGCCAAAUAUAUUGAAGACGGUGAGACCCCAGAAGAUCCCCAAGAAGCGCGUCUGUUACGGAUGAGGGCACCAACUUAUAAGGUGCAGAAUGGAGUCCUCUACAAGCGAUCUUACAACGGCGUUUUGCUCCGUUGCCUUAGGGCAGCGGAAGCGAAGGCACUAAUGGAGGAAAUACACGAGGGAAUUUGUGCCGCGCAUCAGGGUCCUUAUUCCAUUUCCAGGAGGGCUAUUAUCCAGGGGUACUUCUGGCCAACGAUGAGGAAGGAUUGUGAAGAAUAUGUACGCAAGUUUCCGACCUGCCAGCAGUUCCAGAAUAUACCCGGGAGGCCAGCAACGGAUUACACACCCAUCAGUUCUGUGAUCCCCUUCUCAAGAUGGGGAAUCGAUAUUGUGGGGGCCCUGCCAAAAGGGGCGGGGCAGGCAAGGUGGAUCGUGGUCGCGAUAGACUAUUUCACGAAGUGGGUUGAGGCUGAACCACUUGCCGGGAUCACCGGGAGGCAAAUGAUCGACUUCGUUGGGACUAACAUACUCUGUCGGUUUGGAGUCCUGAAGCAGAUUAUAUCAGACAAUGGAACCCAGUUUGAGGAAGCAGAGUUCCAGAACUUCCUCAAAACCUGGGGAAUUCAGCACACGAAGGUGUCUGUUGCGUAUCCACAGGCCAACGGACAAGUGGAGAAUGUCAACAGAACAAUCAUCGACGGGAUAAAGAAGAAACUACUUUCGGAGGGAAGCAAGUGGGUAGAUGAAUUGCCCAGGAUCCUGUGGACAUACAGGACGACUCCCAGGAGAGCCACAUACAGGACAAAAAGAUUAAGCGAUUGGUGGAAGGAGCGGUCGCGGCUUUCCCAAGGUUUGACGGAGAGUUUCUCGCCAGUGAAGAGCAUGGGCUAGUCAAGGGGGCCCAUUUGCGUUUUGAACGUUAUCCUGAGAAGGUAAGAAGUUAAAUAGACUAAGACUUCUAUCCCAUGCAGAUGAUGGCACGUGCAACAAAAUAAUAUUAAAUGACAGAAGGUAAAGGCUCUUUCCAUUAAAUAGCUCAAAAGGAAGAUUACAUUCUUUUGGGUUACAGUGGUGGGCCUUGUCCCUGAUCUAGUUAUGAAACCAAAAGGAGACGGGAGAUAAAGAUUUUCAUUAAAUAACUCAAACAGGAAAAAAUUACAUUCUUUUGGGUUACAGUAAUGAACUUUAUCCCUGAUC